AUGCCGAGAAAAAAACGCAAUCCUGCGCCCUGGGUUCAGGCCUCGCCCCCCGGGGCAGCGCCCGCCGCUCCCGCUCCCCCCGGGGCCCGGCAGGGGCUCGCCAGAGGGGAGCCCAGGCGGCCCGGGCCCUCGGCCUCGGCCUGUGAGAGCGCGGGGGCCGCCGCCUCGGGCUCCGGGCUGAGCAGAGAGAAGCUGGUGGAGCGGCUGAUGGAGAUGUUCUCGCACCUGGACCCCAGUGUGGUGUACGUGGUGCUGUCCGAGUGCGACUUCAAAGCUGAUGAUGCCAUGGAUUCUUUGCUUCUACUGUCUGAUGCUGCAGAAGGAGUAGCUACAAGGGUGGCAUCGUCUGCAGACUCCUCAGGAUUUGAUUUUGUGGCAGCUGCUUUGACUGAUGAUGAACAGGAUCAAGUUAAUGAAGAAGGCAAAAUGACUUUCCAGACUGUCCCAAGAGACUAUAUAAAUAAUUCAGAUUCUGUUGCUGAAAGUGUUCAGAGAUCUGGAUUUGAUUUGACUGAAGACUUUGACUUCAUAAUCGAAAAUGAAUUAGCAACAUGUUUUACAAACACCACAAAUAAAAGCAGCUCUGAAUUCCAUAAACAGUACCAGCCAUUUUUCAACCAGUAUAAUUCUCCCAUGGGCCAAUUUUCUGCUAAUCAUAUCAAUGAUCAGUUCCCAAGGCGGGUUCAGUCAAGUUUGGAAUCUGCUCCAACUGGUUUAUCAAAUGAACAGCAAAACUGGCAACAAAUAGGUCCUGAUGACAGGCUAUUUCUCAGGCAGUCACCAUUUACCUUAAACACAAAUAGCCUCAAAGAUAAUUCGAGUCCAGGUUUUCAUGGAGAAAACCACAUAUUUGAGCAGAGCUCAGAAGCUCAAUCAGAUUGCAACCAUAUUGGUCUGGAUACUCCUGAGGGGUUCAGUAGCAAGAAGUCCUGUGUUGAUUCUGAUCAGAGUAAUGUAUUUCCAAACGCAAUAGGGUCUGCCAGUAUCUGGCCGAAUCAAAGUGAAAGCAACAGUAUAUCAAGAGCAAUUUGGAUGAAUAUAGGAGCUAUUGGAACAAAGGAGUACAGUGGCUUAGAAGCCACUCCUAGGCAGUAUGUCACUCAAUCCAAUCAAAUGGACCACCAAAAUAGAUUUUCCUGGAACAAUGAGAUUUCUGAUCAAUCUGGGGGGAAUUUUUAUACCGAUAGAAAUAGAUUUCUCUAUGAUCUAAAACAUGAUAAUUCAGCAACAUUUGAAAAUUUUGAUUUGUUUAAAAAAUCUCAAGGAAUCAAAGGAACAAAUGAAAUUAAAGCAACAAAUAACACCAUCUCACCAUCUGCGAAUGCAAAGAACACUUCGGGCCAUGAGCAACAAAGCACAUCAUGUUUCCCUUAUUGGUUUGAUGUAAGGCAAGAUUCAAGUACUGAAAAGCUCUCCAAAUUGGUCACUAAUGAAGAGACAGAUUCUCCUCAACAUUCAAAUAAUUCAUUGUUUGUGAAUAAUUCUAAGUUGCCUUCUAAUGUAUGGAAUCCAUGGGCUCCUGAAUUUCAGGCUGCAAGUUCAGUGAAAACAUUUGUCACCCCUGUGGCACUGAGUCCUCUGAAACCAAGGCCUGGUUUUACUUCACCGAGGAGACCUAUUGGAUGGACACCUGGUUCUGGUCCACCUCAUUUGGAUAAUAGUCGAUUAAUUGCCAACAAUUCACAAUCCAAACCAUGGUUAAAUCUACAUGACCAUCAGCGGUUGCAGUCUUCUGCACAAAACACAAGCAGGAUGACAGUGGGACCAGCCAAACUUCUGUUUCUAUUGAGGGGACUUCCAGGAUCAGGCAAAAGUACUCUAGCUAGAAAUCUUGUUGGACAAGGGCCUAAUGGAAUAAUUCUCAGUACAGAUGACUACUUCUGUAAGAAUGGACAAUACGAGUUCGCUCCUUGCUUGAUUGGAGAGGCUCAUGAAUGGAACCAAAACCGAGCUAAAGAAGCUAUGGAGCAGGGAUGUUCUCCAGUUAUAAUAGAUAACACAAACACACAGGCUUGGGAGAUGAAACCUUACAUUGCUGUGGCAUUGAAGUACAAUUAUAAAGUUGUAUUCCGUGAGCCUAAUACCUGGUGGAAGUUCAAACCACGGGAGCUUGAAUGGCGUAACACCCAUGGUGUGCCAAAAGAGAAAAUUAAAGCAAUGUUGGAGCGGUAUGAACGCCACGUGACUGUUGGCUCUGUCAUGAGGUCCUUGACACCUGCCCGAAUUGAAAGAACAGAAUAUUCUCUCAUACGGACUGAAGACUUUGGGGUAACAAAUACAGAGGUGCAGCCUUCGGCUAUAGCACUAAGAGGAGCAGCUUGCCAAGAUCUCAAACGUUCAUCAUACACUCCUGUGUCUCCUUUAACUUGUAUGGAAGAUGGAAAAACAGUAGAGACUGAAGUGAUGUCCUCUGAUAAUAACUUGGUGAAAGACAUGUGGCAACUGGCAGAUUACACUAGUGAAAGUGGAAAUCAUAAGAUUGGGAAUGAUUGUGACGAUAACCAUGGUCUUUCAGAGUUUAUAAAUGGAGAACGGUUACAAAAAUUUAAUCAGACUGUACGGUCAGCAGUUAGUGAUAGUUCAGACAUUUGCUCAAAUGUAGAAAUGGAAGCAGGAACGGAUGAGAGAAAUAUUGAAUCUGAGUUUAAUGCAACAGAAAAUACAGAUGGUUUGAAUGGUCAUGGAGACAUAACUGAUUCUGAUAUAACAACUACAUUUAGUACUAUUGGUCAGAGAAUUAGAAGGAGGAGUCGACAAAGUUCUUGUGAUACAGAAGGGGUUCUAGAAAUGCCCCCAGUGUGUGGAGAAGAUGUUUCAAUUGUAAAAAAGGCACAGAUUGUGAACAAGUCUAUUGAGAGGACUGAAUCAGAACUCGGGAACUUUGUUGGAGACUGGCCAGCAGUAACUAUCCCAAAACCUCAAGACCAGCGAGAAAGAAAAACUAGGAAAACCGAAUGCACAAAUCAUGAGAUUGGAGGUCAAACUAAUAACGAGGAGCUAAUCAACAUAAGCAAUUCAAUAAAAGAAGCAUUGAACAGUUCAAAUGAACAUGAAAAUAGAGAAAGAUGUUGUGUUUUGUCAGGUACAAUUGACUAUGAUGAAUCUGUAGACAAACUCGCCUCUAAUAGCAAUGAUUCUGAAAUAUAUUCAAAUGAGGAAGCCUCUGAUUCAGAAACAAAAUUUGAGAAUUGUGAGGAACCGAAAUGUGCAACUGCUUUAGAACAAAUUUCAGAGAAGUUACUUGAAACCCACACAAAUACAAAGUCUCGUCAAGGAAGGAGAAUGGGGAAAGUUUGCAAACUAGCACUGACGUUCAGUGGCACGAGCCCUGUCCCUGCUGAGUUGCCAGAGCAGGCCUCCAUGAUCUCUGAUCAAAUUCAGAAUGGGACUAUACCAUCAGAGAAUUCAAGGCACUGCAACGGAACACAAACAGCACCGGAGGACUUUGUGACGUUGUGGCGCAUUGAGACGCAAAAAGCUGCUUUGGUUCCAUUUAAAGUAUUGACUGGAACUGUAGAUGGAUUUAAAUCAACCUAUUUGAAUGCAAUAGAAAAAUGUGUAAAUCCUAACCAAACAGUGCCAUAUAGAGUCAUGUAUGACAAAAGUACACAUGUGGAUGAAAGCGUCUUUGUUAAUAAAGAGGCGAAUCUGCAGAUACUCCGUGAUUGUUUCAAAUCUGUCCCCUUCGAGGAUCUGACUGAUUUGUAUGAAAAGUGCAACAAUGAUGUGGAAUGGACUACCAAUUUAUUGCUUGAUUCUGGCAUGAAACUCUCAAGAGAAGAUUUAUUGAAGCAGGAGUCAGCACCACCCCAAGAAUUGAACCAAGUAUCACAAACAAAGAAUGCAAAAUCAGAUGAGCAGCCACCAAAUGAAGAAUCUACAGCUGUAGAAAAUAUGUUGCCUAGUGCUAGUAAGAAGGCAACUGAUGCAAAUUUAGAAAUGUCCGAAACUAAUGAAGAGGAAAUUAGCAGUGCUAAUAAUUUGCCUGACCAUGCUGAGGAUUUUGAAGACUUAAACCCCUCACCUAACAUUGAAACAGAAUCUGAAGUUGUAACUGAACUUGUCGAUUCUCGUGUAGUAGAUGUACGCAAUCCAACAUCUGAUAUAAAUUGCAGUCAGUUACCUAAUCCCAGCAAUGAAUGCACUCUAAGACCAGAACUCAAUGAAGUGUUGCUCAGAAAGGAAUCAGGAAACACAGAAUGUAUAGAUGACAAAGCGUCAGACACUUCAAGUAUAAAACUGACAAAAGAAGCGGAUGUUGGUUUCCCUGAAUGUGCAGAAAUAAAAGAGAUGAACUCUGAAAAUAUGAACGCCUCACAAUCAAAUCCAGAGGGCUGUUUGAAUACUCAAAAUGUACUGAGUACUGAAAGUCAGUUCAGCUCUGAUACAGUGGAAAAAGAAAAUGGGAAUGAAGAGAAAGAGAUUGGACAAGAAGAUGAAAGUGAAAAGCUGAAUGGUUUAGGAAUGUAUGCUGAUUCACUGGUCAUUAAAUCCUUGGAAUUGUGUUUACCACCUGAACUGGCCAUUCAGCUCAAUGAGCUAUUUGGUUCAGUAGGCCUUGAUCCAGAUGCUAUGACUUUAGAUGAUUGUGUCGUCCAGAUUGAUCUGAGCUUAGCAAAAAUGAUUCACGAGAAGUGGAAAGAGUCUAUAUUGGAACGGCAAAGACAAGAAGCUCUGUCAUAUCAGCUCCUUUUGGAAGAUGACAAUUUAUCUCUGGACUUAAAGUGUCAACUUGAGGGCGCGGAAGAAGAGGACCCUUCAUCUUCCUUGAAGCAAGUAGCGAAAACUAGUGGAAAUCAAGGAAAUAAGGCAAUUGUUCAGCCAUUUACUGCCAAUCAUAACGUGAUGCAAGGCUUACCUUUUAUGGACCAUUGGGGCUCUCGGGCUCCUAGUGUCUCCUUAAGACACAUCAUGUCUGAGGAAAUGAAUUUCCAGGUGAAGCAAGACCAGUCCAUUUUGAGUUCUCUCUUGCCCAAAAAAGACUGUGCAUCAAAGUUGAAGGAGAAACAACUCUUUGACAUGUUUCCAGGCAUUGAUAAGCACUUCAUCAUGGAUAUGUAUAAAGAUAACAAUUAUUCUUUCAAUCAGACAGAACAAUUUCUGAAUUCAGUGCUUGACUGUGAUCCAUACCCACCAAGAACUGUUGUAGCUCAGGAUAGUUCCUCUCAAAAUGAACAGAGUGCUGAGAGGAACAAGCUUAAGAUAAAGGCGACUAAGGAAAAAAAGGUGGUACAAAAUGAAUACCUGUUCCAGGAUAUCGAGUACCCAGAUUAUGUAGAUUUCAGGGCUGAAGCGUCUGUGCAUCGUCGCAAGCAACAGGAAUGUUUCAGUAAGGCAGCGGAAGCCCAUCAAAGGGGUCUGAAGGAAGUGGCAACACAUUAUGCACAGCAGGGCCACCUUCAUGGAGAGAAGAUGAAAGAAGCUAAUCACAGAGCUGCUGUACGAAUCUUUGAUCAAGUGAAUGCAUCACUACUUCCAAACAAUGUUUUAGAUCUGCAUGGACUUCAUGUGAACGAAGCCUUGUACCACCUGAAAAAUGUGCUGCUUGAGAAGCUUCAUGAACACCAGCAAAAAGGCGGUAAAUCUUUUUUGUCUGUUAUAACUGGAAGAGGAAACCACAGUCAAGGUGGAGUAGCACGUCUUAAACCAGCAGUCAUUGAGUACCUCAACAGCCAGAAUUUCAGGUUCAAGGAGCCACAGCCAGGCGUUAUCCAUGUUUUGCUGAAAUGAAAGCUAUUUUAGCUGGACUGUUAUUUCCUCACAGUGUUCAAACAUCUUUGUACUCUCAUGCAUUCAAGGACAUUUUUUUAAAAAGACAAAACUCAGGGAAACAAUUAGAACUAAUGCAGUGAAGCCUCUUAAGUGAUUUUAUAAUGAAAUGUUUAAAAAUGUAUCAGUUGUUUUAAUACAGGAAUUAAACUGAAUGUCUAUCCUGCUAAAACAAUGUUCUUUUGCA